GAUAGCAGCCAGAUGAGAGUGAAAGGGAGCAGAGAGCAUCAGAAUAGCGUUUGGGAGAAGAGAAAAUCGCAGGGAAAAUGAGCGGAACGGUGAAGAAAGUUACCGAUGUGGCCUUCAAGGCGGGGAAGAACAUCGAUUGGGAAGGAAUGGCGAAGCUUCUCGUCUCCGACGAGGCUCGCAGAGAAUUUUCGAAUCUCCGUCGCGCUUUCGACGAGGUUAACUCCCAACUCCAAACCAAGUUCAGCCAGGAGCCUGAGCCCAUAGACUGGGAUUACUAUAGAAAAGGAAUCGGCACUCGUUUGGUGGACAUGUACAAGGAGCAUUAUGAGAGCAUAGAGAUCCCCAAGUUUGUUGACACAGUAACACCUCAAUAUAAAGCUAAAUUUGACACACUAUUGGUUGAGCUUCAAGAAGCAGAGGAGAAAUCCCUAAAGGAGUCCGAGCGUUUGGAAAAGGAAAUUGCUGAAGUACAAGAGUUGAAGAAAAAGCUUAGUACCAUGACGGCAGAUGAAUACUUUGCCAAGCAUCCUGAGCUGAAGAAGAAGUUUGAUGAUGAGAUCAGGAAUGAUAACUGGGGCUAUUGAUUUUCAAAACUUCGAAGUGUAGCAAAACAUCAGAAAUUGAUGUUUUCCUUGCUGGUUCAAUAAUAAUAACUACAUUGAUUUCUUUGUAACUCGGUUCUCUUUCAGUUUAAAGGUUAUUAUAUGUCGAGUGUUGAAAUUUUUUGUGGUACUGUAGUUAAUCACCCUAGACAUAUCCUGAAAACUCGGCUGUUCAACAUACUGCUGUCGUAUGGUUUCAGUUCAGACACAAUUUCGAGAAAAUGCUUUUUUGCAGCUUCCUUAAUAAAUUAUUUUACCU